AUGACUGAAGCAAACGAUGAUCAACAAUGUCAAUACUCGCCAAAGAUAAUUGAUCAAUCGUAUUGGAACGAUCGCUGGCUUUCCGGUAAAAUCGGGUUCAAUCGGUUAACUAUAAAUAAACAUUUCGAUAAGCAUAUUCUUUCGAAGAUAUCGAACAUAGAUCAACAGCAAUGUGUCUUAUUUCCGUUGUGUGGAAAAACAGUUGAUAUGAAAGCAGUACUCAGUGCUGGUCAUCGAGUCAUUGGAAUUGAAUAUGUGCAAUUAGGUGUGGAAGCAUUUUUUGAAGAGACAAACAUCGCACAUGAAAUUCUUACUGAUGAGGAAAAUAAAUGUCAAAUUUAUCAAGGUAUUGAUCGUCCUGUAACAAUCUAUUGUGCGGAUUUUUUGACAUUUAAUCAGCCACUACCACCUAUCGAUUGGAUUUUUGAUCGUGGUGGAUUCGUUGCAGUCAAUGUUUCCGAACGCGAACAAUAUCGAGAUCGAUUAUUAGAAGUAAUGACACCGAAACAUACACGAUUGUAUCUUCUUGCAAGUUGUUAUGAUGAGUCAGAUUUUCAUGGUCCGCCUCACUGUGUCAGUCCUGAAGAUAUAGAUCGGCUGUUUGGUGAAUCAUGUUCUACUAAACUUGUCGAAGCGAUUGAUACAACAAUAGAAUUUAAUCAACAUAAUAAUCAAAAGCUACGACGAAUGGAAGAACAUCUACAUUUAAUCAUACGCAAAUAA